AUGGAAUCCGGUGAUGAAGUCGACUUUAUAAUGUCUGAAGAACAGAAUGGUGAUCGAAAAGCUUCAUUCGCUGAUAUUCAAAUGGAAAUUGGCUCCGAAAGCGAAGGAGAUUCAGAUAGAGAGGCUGAAAUACGUGAGAAAAUUGCUGAGUUCGCGAAAAAGCUGCCGUGGAUUGAGACAGUGGACAUCACAACGAGGUCAACACUUACGAAGGAGAUGAUAAAUAACGAUUUCGAUCGAGAACUACAGUUUUAUCAACAAGCAGAGAAAGCUGUGCAGUUGGCAGUACCUCGUCUUCUAUCUCUUGGUAUUAAGGUCAUCAGACCAUCCGAUUACUAUGCUGAAAUGGCAAAAAGUGAUGGGCACAUGCAAAAGGUCAGAAAACGUCUACUAAAAAUCCAAGAGGGUAAAGAGCGGCAGGAAGCUAUACGAAAAAUGCGAGAGGAAAGAAAGUAUGCGGUGAUGGUUAAGAAGGAAGUGUUACAAAAACGAAACAACGAAAAGAAGCAGUUAAUGGAAGCAGUGAAAAAACACAAGAAAGGAAUGAAACAACAACUGGAAGAUAUGCUAAAUAACGUGAAACGAAUGGACUUGGAACAGGUGGACUAA